AUGAACUUAGUGAUCGAAGUGGAGGUGUUCGAUGUCUGGGGUAUUGAUUUUAUGGGGCCUUUUGUGAGCUCUUAUGGCAUGAAAGCCUUCGCGGGGUUAAUAGAAAAGUAUGGCGUGAAACAUAGGGUGGCAACUCCUUAUCACCCUCAGACAAAUGGGCAAGUUGAAGACUCAAACCGGGAAAUCAAGAGUAUUUUGGCCAAGACGGUCAAUGUGAACAGAACUGCUUGGUCCCGAAAGCUUGAUGAUGCUCUAUGGGCUUACCGUACUGCGUACAAGACCCUAAUUGGGACUUCUCCUUUCAAGCUAGUUUUUGGCAAAGAUUGCCACCUGCCCGUUGAACUGGAACACAAGGCCAUGUGGGCGUUGAAAAGUCCAAACAUGGAUUGGGAAGAAGCAACUAAGCUCCGGUUGUUUCAACUCAAUGAGAUGGACGAAUUCCGCUAUCAGGCCUAUGAGAGUGCAACAUUGUAUAAAGAGAGGAUGAAGCAGUAUCAUGACAAGAAAAUCCUAAAGCGAUAA